AACGACAACGAGGUCAUCUGUGCUCGCUGCUCGUUCGUACUGAACGUAGUGUUUAAAAUAAUUAUUAAAUACUCAUUGGUUCGUACUGCAGAGUGCAGAGUAACAGGCAUUAGGCAAAGAGUAUACCUAAGUGUUUUGUGCAGAAAGUUGCCUUUAAAAAUAUAUUGUUACGUUUGUUACAACUUAAAAAAAUAUUUAAAAGAAUAAAUGAGUAAUGGCAGACGAUGAACAGGAUCCUAAAGAAUAUCGUUGGGAAACAGGCUAUGAAAAAACUUGGGAGGCAAUAAAAGAAGAUGAAGAUGGCUUGGUUGAAGGGUUGGUGGCGGAGUUUGCUCAAAAAGCUGCUAAAAGAGCAGCAGUGGCUCGGCGAGUUCCAAUUCGGCUAGGAAUGAUGAGACACCUCCUUGUUGCAAUAGAUUGUUCCGAGGCUAUGUCAUCACAGGACUUGAAACCUACUAGAUUCAUGUGUACAUUGAAAUUACUAGAAAAAUUUAUUGAAGAAUUCUUUGAUCAGAACCCAUUGAGUCAACUAGGACUGAUAGGAUUGAAAAAUAAAAGGGCAGAGAAACUUACAGAGCUCUCGGGAAACAUUAGAAAACAUGUUAAAACAGUGCAAGGCUUAACAAAUCUGGCAUUAACUGGGGAACCAUCACUGCAGAAUACGUUAGAGUUGGCAGAUAAAGUGCUAAAGCCACUUCCAGGACAUGCCUCAAGAGAACUUCUUGUUCUGUUUGCGUCUCUCACUACUUGCGAUCCAGGAGAUAUAACAACAACUAUUCAGACUUUAAAAACAGAUGGUAUCAGAUGCUCUGUUAUUGGACUCGCUGCAGAAGUAAGAAUAUGUAAGAAAUUAUGCCAAGAUACAGGAGGAGAAUAUGGGGUGGUGUUGGACGACGUGCACUAUCGCUCGCUGCUGCUGGAGCACACGUCGCCGCCGCCCCGUGCGCGCGCUCUGGACGCGGGGCUCGUCAAGAUGGGGUUCCCCCACACCCAGCCUCCCUCGACCGAGGCAGACGCCACCAACACCGACCCGCCGAUCACAGUGUGCAUGUGCCACGUGGAGGAGGGCGAGGGUGUCGGAGGAGACGGCCACCUGUGUCCGCAGUGCCGCAGCAAGUACUGCUCGCUGCCGGUGCAGUGCCGCACGUGCGGCCUGACGCUGGCGUCCGCGCCGCAUCUCGCCAGGUCGUACCAUCACUUAUUCCCAGUUGAGCCGUUUGAGGAGUUGAAGAAUGAGGGACAGAGUCAACAUUGUUUUGCUUGCACGAGGUCGUUUACGGACCUAGAUAAGCAGAUACAUCGGUGUACCCGUUGCGUGGAGUACUACUGCUGGGAGUGCGAGGGUCUGAUAUCGUCGACGCUGCACGUGUGUCCAGGCUGUGCGUCUAGGCCGCACCUCUAUCAGCGGCUACCGAACACUUCCUAAAAUAUACUGAUUUAACAUA